AUGUCCGAACGGCGGCCGAACCGCGGCACCACACGCCCCGGGCACGGCGCGAUACGAACUCCGCCCCCUCCGCCCCGCCCGCCGGCCAAUCAGAGACAGCAGAGCCCCGCCAUGGCCGCACCCCUCACUGUGCGUGCUGACGCCUCGGCGGAAGCCUCUCCACCGGGCGGAAGCGGUGGGUCGUGGCUGCCGAUGGCGGAGGGCGGCGCGGAGCCUGGGGACGAGGGCCCCGGGCCUGGCCCCGGGCUGGCCCUGGUCGAGGGCAGCGCCGGCCGCGCCGGCCGUGUCGGGGAGCCCGGGGACCUAGUGGCCCUGGCCCAGCAGGUGCAGCAGGCCAAUGACUUUGUCCGAGCAAAUGCCUGCAACAAACUGACAGUCAUAGCUGAGCAGAUCCGGCACCUGCAGGAGCAGGCGCGGAAGGUCUUGGAUGAAGCUAACAGGGAUGCUGAUCUGAACCACGUGGCCUGCAACCUUGUGAAGAAGCCAGGAAAUGUUUACUACAUGUACAGGCGGGAGAGUGGGCAGCGGUAUUUCUCCAUCCUGUCUCCUAAGGAAUGGGGUACCACUCCCCAUGAAUUUCUUGGCGCCUAUAAGCUCCAGCAUGACAUGUCCUGGACUCCAUUUGAGGACAUAGAGAGACGAGAUGCUGAAAUAACUGUCCUGGAGAAGCUGCUGAGCCAGCCGGCAGCACUGCCUCUGUGCAUGGAGCCCAACUUCCAGGGCCUGACCAAGUCACACAAGUGACCACACAGGACCCCCUGAGCAGAGUCCCUGAGUGAGGGGACACAGUACCUGUACGCUGCCAAAGGCAGGGUGGAAAGAGACCAAGAAACAAAAAUGCUGAUUGCUUUUGUGCUUUAAAGAGACUAAUUCUGAAUUCAGUCUUACUGGAUUUUCUAGUAAUUCAAUAAUUGACUUCAUUGACCUAUGCCAAGCUGUAGCAAGAGGCAGGUGAUACCAGGAGGUGUGAGUUCCAAGAGUGCUCGGAGCAAAAAGCAGAAAUGUUUGGGAUAGAUGUGCUAAUACUGUAAAAUAAUAUCUCCUAUCUGCCUGGCUCUGGUGUACCUCCCUGUGAAAUGCAUCAGGUAAUGAUCUCAGGGCUGGAUUUUCCCCCUUAUUAAAAUGCACAUUUAGAGAGCUCUGUGGUCUGGGAAGAGUAGUCAAAAGCUUGUGCAAAGGGUCUGCUGUGAUGAUUCUUCUGGUCUCUGUCCUAGCUGGUCUGAAUCUGGGAACAUGAAGCUUUUCUCUGGAAAGAGCAUCCUCAAAAGUGCCA